CUUUACAAACUAGUACAGAUCCUUUGGAACGAUUACGUGCAGCAUGUUUAGCACGAGGCGCACAAGGAAUCAAGGGUCUUUCAAUUUUAUUCAAAAUAAUAGAUGACGAUGGAAAUAAAAAACUGAGUAUGGAUGAGUUUAAAAAAGGUGUUAAUGAAUUUGGUUUACAUUUGACGACAAUUGCAAAAGCGUUUGCAAAAUUAGAUCGAAAUGGUGAUGGACAAAUAACGGUCGAUGAUUUAAGAGGUGUUUAUACAGUAAAAAGUCAUCCAAAAUACAUGAAUGGAGAAUGGUCUGAAGAUCAAGUAUUACGUCAAUUUCUAGAUUGUUUUGAUUAUGGAAUUCAUAAAGAUGGAAUUGUAAGCAAAAAUUAAUAGAAAUAAUUAAAUUUUGAAUAUAUUCUUUAUGUUCUGCUUUAGGUAACACGAGAUGAAUUUCUUAAUUACUACUCAGGUGUAAGCGCAUCCAUUGACAAUGACAUGUAUUUCGAUUUGAUGAUGCGUAAUUCAUG